AUGACAUGUAUCUUGCAAAAACAUAUCAAAGUGCGUGUAAGCUGGUCUGGGCACCUAAUUAAAUUACAAAUAUAUAAUGUAUAAGCUCUUUAUAAAUCUAUAUUGGGAUGUCCCAAGGAGUAAUUAUACCAACCAUUCUUGUUUUCCAUUUCUUCAUCAUACAGCAACACCAAUGAGUUCAUAUUUUGUGGCCUCCAAUCAAUUUUUAAAGUAUCCAUUUUGUUUUCCAAGAAUUGCUACAAAAUUAUAAAUAUAUAAAUGGACCUACUUGAACCUUCAAGUACUUCUUUCAAACAAAGCAAAAAAGCUGUGAAAAAAAAGCAAAUCUUUCUGACAAUUUACACAUGCAACCUCUUAUUAUUCUUCAAAACAUGCUUAAAUUUUUGGCAUCUCAAGUAAAGCCAAACAACAACAAGAACAGUUGACAAACUCUCAGUUCUUGUUUUGUUUUAUAUAUUUGUUUGUUUGUGUCUUCUGUGAUGGUGACAACUUAUCAGAUGAAGAAUCUUAGUACAUUAGAGCUUAUGUUAGAGGAACUUCAGCAAGAAGAUGAAGAAACAAAUGAUUUGCCACCACCUUUGCCUUUUAGGCCUGUUAUUAAGGCUAGGUUGCCUAAGGGGAGAAGGAAAUUGACAUUUGGUAAAGAAAAGAGCAAUCUUGAAGAUAUUAGGGUUCAAGAAAAUGUAUUUGUUGAUCAAUGGGGUACUUCAGCAGCAGAGAGGGACUCUGUAGCCAUGACAGAUAAGAUUUGUUUGAUGGUUGAUCAGAGAGAAGGAGCUGAACUAAGUGGAGUUCUGCAAAUUCAGAGAUGCUUUCGCGGCUAUCAAGCCCGCCAGUACUAUCAUGAGCUUAAAACAGGAGCAGUAGCUCUACAAUCAUUUGUGCGCGGUGAAAUCACAAGAAAGUGUUAUCAAGAUCUCACUAGGAGGUUAACAGCAGUUAUCAUUAUACAGAAACACAUAAAGAAGUAUCUACAUAAAAGAACAGAACGACAGCGAACUGCAGCCUUAUGUUUGCAAUCUGUUAUUCGAGGUUGGUUAACUCGAAAGCAGUUCAAUCUCUCGGGUGAUGGAAAACGAUCUUGUGUUCAGAACAUUAGGGAAAAGAAUGACCUUGACAAUAAGGAACCAGAAACUAAGGUACCGCGUUCAGUUCUACUUGAUCUUCAGAGGCAUAUUUUGAAGACAGAGGCUGCUCUGGAGAGAAAGAAAGAGGAAAAUGCAGCUUUGAGGCUACAUAUUCAGCAUUAUGAGAUUAAGUGGAAUCAGUAUGAAUCAAAAAUGAAAGCAAUGGAGAAGAUGUGGCAAGAUCAGUUAACGUCUAUACAAAUAAGUCUGGCUGCAGAAAGGGAAAAACACGGGGACGAAAAGACUAAGGGAAAACUCAGACUACUGAUACUUCAAGAUCAAGAUGAAAAUGUGCAUAGUGGAUUCCCAAGUGCAUUGAAUCAUCCUGAUGAGGUACAUGAUACACAACCACAACCAAGUGGGAGAUUAAAUCCCAAGAGCAAGUGUAAUAACCAUCAUGUGAUGGACAUGGUCAAUCACUAUCAAAAUUUUGUCGUCCACGAUCAAUGUAAUACAGGAGAGGAGGCUUCCGCCCUCAGGCCUAACGAUGAGCUCCAGAAGCUGAAGAUUAGAUUUGAAGCAUGGAAGAAGGAUUACAAGAAUAAAUUGCGCGAGGCCAAAGCAACAAUGAAGCAACUAGGACACUCUGAAAGGGGGAAGGGUUCAAAGAUAUGGUGUGGAAGAUGAAAAAGUUAUAGUCUUAUGUUAGAUCCUCCAAUUGGAGGACAUUUUCAGAGGAUCUGACACGGGUGCAACAACAACAUAUUUGGAGAGGCCGAUGAUCAACGUAGCCUCUCAGUAUCAUUUAUUCUUCAUACUUCAUAUUUACAUGUACAGAACAAGCAUAUAAAUUGUCAAAUCUCAUACAACCAUUGAAGAAAUAUAAGGGAAUAUGUUGAGGAAAAUCGAAAAGACUAGCAACGUCCACCCUUGCCUCUAUUUCAUAUUAACUGAAUUUGUAAGGCAAUGCGAUCCUAUUGAAACAAAUAUUUAAUUACAGUUAAAUCAUAUUUUCCAUUA